AUGUUGGAAGGCCUGGUUGCUUCGCUUCUGAAUCGCUUCCUGGUCAAAAACUUCGACCCCAAGCAACUCAACAUUGGUAUCUGGAGCGGAGAUGUCAAGCUCAGGAAGCUAGAGUUGAAACGGGAGGCUCUCGACAAAUUCCAACUGCCGAUCGAUGUCGUCGAAGGCCAUCUCGGCGAUCUCACACUUCAGAUCCCGUGGUCGAACCUCAAAAACAAACCAGUGAAAGUCAUCAUUGAAAAUGUCUAUCUUCUUGCGAUCCCCAAGGCCAACCAACAGUACGACGAAGCCGAGGAAGAACGCCGCAAACAGAUGCUCAAGAUGGAGAGACUGGAGAAUGCAGAGUUGUUGAUGCAAGCGCAGCCUGAGGGCCUAUCUGCCGAAGAGCAGAAGAAGAACCAGAGCUUCACCGAGUCUUUGGUCACCAAGAUUGUUGACAACUUGCAAAUCACCAUCAAACACAUUCAUUUCCGCUACGAAGACACAAUCUCAGCGCCCGGACACCCGUUUUCUCUUGGUCUCACCCUCACCGAGUUCUCUGCGGUCUCGACCGACCAGACCUGGAACCCGAUCUUCAUCCAGGACAACGUUCUCACCACACACAAGCUCGCAAAGCUCGAGCGACUGGCUAUAUAUUGGAACACAGACUCAGAACUUCUCAGCAAUUCUGAAACCGAUAUCGUGACUGCGUUUACUGAAAUCCAAAACAACCAAAAGGCAUUGACCGGUGGCGGGAAUAAGAACCAGUACAUUCUUAAACCCGUCUCCGGCGAGGGCCGCAUCACCAUCCACAAGGGCUCGCCUACGACGAUUGCAAACUCAAAGGCAGAGUUGUUUUUCGAUGAGAUUGGUUUUAUACUCGACGAGUACCAGUACCGCGAUGCGCUGAUGAUGGUCGAUCUGUUUCAUUUCUAUGUCCGAACAGAGCAGUUUAAGAACAUGCGGCCUAGCACUCCGCUCGAAGAUGAUCCAAAGGCCUGGUUCAGGUUUGCGGGUAACGUCAUUCUGCGGGAGAUUCAUGAAAAACACCGGCAAUGGUCCUGGUCGUAUUUCAAAGAGCGACGCGAUGACAGGAAGCGAUAUAUCGAGCUCUACAAGAUCAGCGUCGUGGCCGAUCCCAACGCAAAGCUGACCGAGACUCAAAAAGAAGAGUUGUUGACGCUCGAGUUCAAGCUUUCGCUUGAGGAUCUUCGUUUUUACCGCUCGCUCGCCAAAGCUGAACUCAGAAAGGAGCGCCGGAAAGUCAAGGCCUUGGCCGCUAGGUCGCAGGCUGCGCAGCAGCAGGCUGAACCCGCUAAGCGCGGAUGGAUGGCUUGGGCCUGGGGAUCGUCUGCGCCUGCAGCUUCUGACGGUAGUGUAUCGCCUUCAAAGGAGAGUGCUACGGAUGACGCUGCUGUCAUGACUGAUCAGCAGCGGAAGGAGCUGUAUGAUGCCAUCGAAUGGGACGAAGAGAAGAAGCCUGCGGCAGAGAUGCUGGAUCUACCUCGCGACGCGGUCAAGAUGCAGCUCAAGCUCUCUCUCGGCACUGGAAGUUUUGCCCUCAAGCGUGACCCUCGCGGUGCUGCGGCCGAGAUUCUCCAGCUUGUCUCGGACACGUUCUCGGUGAAUUACUUGCAGAGACCUGAUUCAUUCCUGGUCGAGCUCUCGCUUGAGGAAUUGAAGGUGCACGAUGGCACUGCAGAUAAUCUGCUCUAUCCCGAUAUAGUCCGUGUGAAGCGAUCGGCGCAGUCGCCAAAGAGUCAGCUCCCGAUCAUGGACUUGACGGAUUCGAUGGAACUGGACAGCGAAGCGGACGUCAGUCCGCCUUCGGAUCCCUUUUUCUUCUUGCAGUUUGAGAAGAACCCUCUGGACGAGUCUGCUGACUCAAGCCUGAAGAUGAAGAUGGGCAGCAUGGAAAUCUUCUACAACAAGACGUUCAUCGAGGAGAUUGCGCAGUUUUUUAAACCUCCAAAGUCGCAUAUGGAGAGUUUCGGCGCAUUGAUCUACGCCGCCGGUGCUACAGUCGAAGGGUUCACGAACCAGACCAGGGCGGGUUUAGAAUACGCGCUUCAAGAGCACAAGACGCUAAACGCAAAGCUCGAUCUGCGUGCUCCGCUGAUCAUCUUGCCGUCAAGCGCCACCGAGCGUAACGCGCCUUGCAUGGUUCUCGACGCUGGACACGUCAACAUCGUAUCUAACCUUGUCGACAAGGCCGUCAUUCGCGAGGUACAGAGCAAGCAGUCUACUCAGUAUCAGGAGGAGGAUUACGAGACGCUCAAGUCCCUGAUGUACGACAGAUUCCAACUGAACCUAGAGUCGACGCAGGUCCUGGUCGGUCCCAAUGUCGAGGACACGAUCGCUCAGCUUCAGGAGUCGAAGAAUCAGCACAAGCACUUCCAUAUCCUCGACAAGAUCAACAUGAGCUUGCUCGUCGAGAUUUCGAUCGUUGCAAAAGCGGCCAAUCUCACAAAGUUCAGGGUGUCUGGCCACUUGCCGGUUCUCCAUGUUUCAAUGUCGGAUAUGAAGUACAAGACUCUGAUGCAUCUCAUCAACUCCAGUAUUCCAAACAUGUCGUUUUUGGAUGAUACCGAUAGUCUGGUUGACGUUGGUACCAUACCGGAAGAAACUCCGGCGCGACCAAAUAUGACAAGAACGGAGAGCUCCAAUGCCCAGCCCGGCACGUCGCCGUCCAAAUUCAGAUUCUCAUCUCAAGAUCUGGGCCGAGUGCAAGAGAUCAGCGAGUUGAUUGCUGAAACUGAAGGCGAAUCUGAUGACGACGAUGAUGGAGACACGUUUGUGGAGGCAGGAGACGAGCAUUCACAUGUCCACACCAGCGACGGUCGCAUUGUCCCAACUGGUGGCGGAACAGAGGCUAGCUACGAGCAGAGAAUCUUUGAGUUCAACUUCACUGUCGACAAGGUCCAGGGAUCUUUAUACCGCGGCGGUAUGGUUUCAGGAACGUCGUCACAGCAGGGCAGUAGUGAGGACUUUGGCGAGCAUCUGCUCGUAGAUGUCAUUCUGGAGCACUUUGAGUUUGUGUUCUUCAAUCGCGCUUAUGACAUGCAUGCCGAGAUCAUCCUCAGCAAGCUCACGGUCGAGGACAAAAUCGAGAGUAAUCCGUCUCCGGAGUUCAGCCAUCUUAUCUCCUCUGAUUCGUAUUACGAUCUCAAGGAGUCUGAGGGUGCUGUCGCGAGAAAGGAUGGCAAGGACACGAACAAUCUGUUCCAUAUUACUUAUGUGAAGGUUCAGAAAGAGUCCCCUGAGUAUCUGUCUACAUUCGAAGGGAUCGAUCAGAGCAUCGCGGUGUCUAUUUCCACUCUGAACUUUGUCAUCACCCGCAAAUCUAUCCUUACUCUGCUUGAUUUCCUGCAAAUGAUGUUUGCGGGAGACGACGCUAGCGAGGACGAAGACCAGAUCGUGGAGAUCACUGACGAGAGUGACAACGAGCUAGAAGUUGCAUCUACCGUCGUCAGCUCUGAGAGUGGUCCGGAUAAGAUGAAGCUCAAGCUUGACCUGUCAACCAUCGGCCUAGUUCUGAACGACGACGGCGUGCGUCUGGCUACAAUCCGUAUUGAUCAAGCCGAUAUUGGUAUUUUCACCAUGGGAAAGACCAUGCGUGUCGGCGGCAGAAUCGGAAACUUUACUCUCAAGGACCACGAGAUUAUCGACGAGACUGGAACUGAGGUCGAGAACGAGCUGGUUAGCAUCCAAGGCAACGAGCUCGCUGAUUUCAGAUACGAAACAUUUGAUCAGCGAUCGCUCCAGGUUGCGUAUCCAGGCUACAACUCGUCGAUUUAUUUCCGUUCUGGAUCUAUCCAGGUGAACUUCGUCGAGGAGUCUUUCCAGCGGAUCUUGCAGUUCCUUGCCAAGUUUGCCGAGAUGAAAACGCUCUACGAUUCUGCUCGAGAGGCGGCUGUUCAGCAGGCAUCGCAGAUGAAGGAUCCAGAUAAAAUCCAUUUCGAUGUGAUUGUGCGCACGCCCAUUUUCUUGUUUUCGAGAGAGUCGCCGUAUUACGGCGGCGAAGGCAGCGGAAGUUCAAAGUCCGACGUCCUCACUGUUCAUCUUGGUGAGCUUUAUAUUCAGAACAACUUCAGCACUCUGGAAAAUCCCGUGACCGGUCAGUCUUCUACUGUCAAUAAGAUCAACGCGGGCUUACGCCAGACUAGAAUCACGUCGGUUUUCCAUUUCCCCGACGACGUGGUGCAGGAGCUGCAGAUGAUUGAGAAUCUCGACAUCACCUUCAAAAUGGUCUACGUCGAGCACACGCGCGGCGUUGAUCGUCCGGCACUUGAGAUUGUUGGAUCAAUGUCGGAUGUCAACUUGAAGCUGACUGAGUCUCAGUAUGUGUUUAUCAUCAACUUUUUGAAGUCGCUGUCUACGACUUUCCAGUCACCGCCGCCGCAGGAUGAUGAAGCUGCUGAGAAUAUGAGAAAUCGGGCGAUCCACGCGAAUUCGGAACCGCCGAAGCGUCGUGCGUCCAAGUCGAUUGCGCCCAGCUCAAGUGCAGGUGCUGCCUCGAGCGAUCAGAAUAAUAGCAAAGCUAUCAUGUCUUCCUCGUCCGAUCAGGACUCGUUUACAAAGAUCGACUUUGUGUUCCGUUUGCAGUUAUUGUCUCUCGAACUAUUCAAGGAUACCGACUCGGAUACGAUCACGUCUGAGCCCGCGACUUUGUCAAAGCUGGCACUUGAUGGAACGGACGUGAAGAUGCGGAUGAAGUCUGAUGACUCGAUUGAGUCUGAGUUUCACGUGAAGUCGUUCACGAUCUUUGAUAGUCGUCAACACCAGAAGAACAAAUUCCGCGAGAUUGUACCCCCGAUCAAACACGACGGAUGCCAGUUCAUGGCCAGCAUCUCCACCAUGAAGAACGACGACGGAGUCACGGACAUGAUUGCUAUUCUAUCAAUCGACAGUCCCCGGUUCAUUUUCGCCAUCGACUAUAUCUUCUCCCUCAAGGCCUUUUUCGUCGAUUCGCUCCAGAUCGAGGAAGAUGACAGCUACAGCGAUGACGAUGAGAACAGCGACUCCGACGCUACUCGAGUUGAUGGCGAUUCUGCUAUGGCGACUGAGAACUCUGAUGCCGUGACAAAGUAUGGCGUCGUUGAUGUUGGUGAAGAGCCUGAGCCGACAGGGUCAGUCUCGUUCCGAAUCAAUAUCGUCGAUGCUUCUGUUAUCUUGAUCGCGAACCCGCUGUCUUCUAGCUCGGAAGCCAUUGUUCUCCGAAUUAAGGAGAUCAUGCUCACGCAGCAAAAUGCUUUCACGAUGUCGGCGCGUCAAGUUGGUAUCUAUCUUUGCCGGAUGGAUCUUUUUGAGGAAAACAGACUCCGUAUUCUGGAUGACUUCAACAUCAUCUUUUCCAUUGACAACAACCACGGCGGAAUCCAGCACAAAACUCUCAUUAACAUUGGCGUCGAGGCGCUUGUUCUCCGAGUGUCGCUGCGCGAUAUCCUUCUCGCUUUAUCGAUCGUCAACAAAGCUUCAGAGCUGUCGCCCGAGCAGGCAAAGCCUGUUCAAAAGAGGCCGUAUUCCCGUUUCUCUUCGAAUAAGCGUCUGAAGCAAUUGGCUAAGAAGCCUAAGCCGAUCGCGGCAGAUCGCCCUCCGCGACUACCUCCUAGAACUAUUUCAGCGGCGCCUACUGGAGAGCCGACGUCGGCUCUGCUGCGAAGUGAAGAGUUGAGUGCCGAUUUGGACGGUCUGAGGCUUGUGCUUAUCGGAGGUGUUCACGAGCUUCCGCUCUUGGAUAUGUGUAUCAAGCAGUUCCCUGUGCAUGUUCGAAAUUGGUCGUCCGAGAUGCAUGCCGAUACCAGUAUUGAGAUGUUUGUGAAUAUCUACAACUACUCAAAAUCAGCCUGGGAGCCUCUGAUUGAGCCCUGGUUUCUUGGGUUCCAUAUGACACGGACUCUUGAGCCGUCUUCGAUGGCGAUCAGCUUCAACUCUCGCAAGACGCUGGAGGUCACUGUGACGACACAGACUAUCGCGGUGCUUUCAAAUGCGGUGGAGAUGAUGUCCGGUGACAGUGAUCUGCUCUCCAAGCCUCCUGAUGCAAAUGCGCCGUACAGAGUCAAGAAUCAGACAGGAUAUACUCUCCAGGUGUGGGUUGAUAAUACUGAUAACCCGGAGUUCUCUAUGGCGAAGGAGAUUGCCGACGGAGAGGAGGUGCCCUGGAGAUUUGACGAUUGGCGAAAACUGCGUGAGAAUCUAAGUGAGGACUCGCAGCACGGAACAGUCGGUGUCCGUCUUAAGGGUACCGAUUUCGAUGCGGUCACUCGCAUUCCGGCCAACAAAGAAGGCGAAGCACUCUACGUUCUCUAUCCAAAGACCAUGAAAGUUGCGCACCGACUCGUGUGUGAGGUCAAGUUGCGUGAAGAUAAGGUCAAGCACAUCACUUUCCGAUCUGCUCUUCUUGUGGAGAACAACUCGCAGAUUCCUAUUGAGUUGAAGGUUAAUGGCGAGACGGAAGGGAAGAUUUGGACGAUCGUCCCUGGAGAUAGUCAGGCUCUACCCAUCAAUCAGAUAUUCGACCAGUCGUUCAAGAUCCGACCUGGCGCGGGUCUUGGAUUCGGCUGGUGCGAAGAGACUCUUUUCUGGCGAGACAUGUUGCAGCCUCAUCAGCCCUACAUCACCUGUAAGAGCACCGACAACGAUGACGAUGAAGAGCCGACGUCAUUUUAUUUCCAGUUGUUUGCGCAGUUUGAUAAGAAGGAGCCUCUCACGCGUUUGUAUCCACACAUGAAGAUCCGCGUGACUGCUCCGAUCGAAGUCGUGAACUUGCUGCCGUAUGACUUCAACUACAUGAUUUACGACAAGAAACUGCGGCGCGAGUGGUCGAACUUUUUGCGGAAAGGAUUACAGAGCCCGAUUCACGUCGUCAAGCUCUCUCAUCUGUUGAUGCUGAGCUUGACAAUGCGCGACAGCGGCUUUGAGCACACUGACUUUGCGGUUAUCAAUUCGAGCGCUCAAGAUGAUUUCAAGCCAGAGUCGAAGCUGUCGACGAGGAAUAGGAACGGACAGAAGUUGAAUCUGUACCUGCACUACUAUGUUAUUCCCAAUAGCGGCGGCGCCUUCCGCGUCUCUAUCUAUUGUCCGUACAUUAUCCUCAACAAGACUGGACUUGAUUUGCAGAUCAAAGCAGGUGCUGUGACUGCUUCCUCCAAGUUUGAAGCGGAGGACAUUGGCGACGAUGACACCAAGAAGAGGGCAAUUCCUAUGAUGUUUUCGUAUAGCACCGUCGACACACGAAACCGUGCAUUGUUGAGGCUGUCCGAUUCGCAGUGGAGCAGCCCUCAGAGUUUUGAAGCUAUCGGAGGAAACACUGAUGUUGUUGUUCCGUCGAUUGACAGAACUAGGGAGAUUCACUUGGGUAUCCAUGUUUCUGAGGGUCAAGGAAAGUACAAAAUGACGAAAGUGGUGUCGAUUACCCCGCGCUUCAUUCUGAAGAACAGGCUAUCUGAGGACCUCAACAUGCGUGAGCCAGGAUCUUCCACAGUGAUGACGAUCAAGAGUGGCGAGGUGUACCCGCUCCACUUCCUGCAGCAAGUUCCAGAGAAACAACUGUCGUUGAGUUUCCCGGUAGAAGGAGCUCCAUGGUCGUCACCGUUCAACAUAUCGGACCUGGGAAGAACGCAUAUCAAACUCACCAAGCCUGGUAGCGGACCGAAGCUACUUAAGGUAGAAGUGAUGAUUGAGCAGGCAACUGUGUUCUUGCAUAUUGAUAUGGAAAAGAGCAAUUGGCCGUACUCAAUUCGCAACUUCAGUAACACGGAGUUUACGUUUUACCAGUCGAAUCCAUACAUCAACUAUGAGGAUGAUCAAGAUAUGACGUACCGCGCUGCCAAUGUCAAGCGAUUCACGCCAAUCAAAUACCGAUUGCCGCCUAAGAGCGUUAUGCCAUAUGCAUGGGAUUAUCCUGCUGCUAAACAGAAGGAGCUAGUGAUCUGUGCCGCAAAUGUCGAGCGACACGUGGCGUUGGCGGAGAUUGGAAAUCUUGUGCCCAUGAAAAUUCCUCCGACCAGAGAUGGCGAGGCUCAGAUUAUAGAUAUCAAUGUGGUUGCUGAUGGGCCUAUUCAGACACUUGUUCUGUCAGACUAUGAUCAGAGUCGAAGUCUGUACAAGCCAAAGUAUAACGUGUCACAAGCUAGCUUUGCAUCGUCAACAGGAUCGGGGAAUAAUGGAUUUGAGGCGAUUGAGGAUGACGGUGAUAUCACGUUCCGUGCCACUGUCAGCUUGGAAGGUGUGGGUAUCUCGCUCAUCAAUUCCCGUAUGCAAGAGCUGUGCUAUAUAACUUUCCGCGGCUUCGAGUUCAAGUACAACGAAUCAGCCAUCUACCAGACGAUUGCUACGAGGCUCAAGUGGAUCCAGAUCGAUAACAUGUUGUUUGGUGGCAUCUACCCUAUUGUCUUCUAUCCUAGUGUUCUUCCGCAGACCACGAAGGAGAUGGAAAGUCAUCCGACGCUCUCGUUCUCAAUCACUCGCGUUAAAGACGAAUCGCAUGGUGUUCUUUAUAUAAAGUAUGCUACGAUCUUGCUGCAGCAGAUGACUGUUGAGAUUGAUGAGGACUUUUUGUUUGCAUUGCUUGACUUCUCCAAGGUUCCCGGCGCGAGCUGGUCUACGAACGAGAUUGACGAGCUAUGUGACGAUGUGAUUGAGAUUCCCGAGCCGUCGAUGACAGCGGCAGGUAAUGAUGUAUACUUUGAGGUAUUGCACAUCCAGCCAGCGCAGAUGGAUCUUUCGUUUGUGCGGACGGAGCGAGUGAAUGUGGAAGACAAGACGUCGUCUCAAAACGCUCUGAUGUUUUUCCUGAACAUUCUCACGAUGGCGAUCGGCAACAUCAACGAUGCGCCGGUUCAGCUUAACGCGCUUGUUCUCGAAAAUGCUCGGGUGUCGACAUCGAUGCUAUUCCAACUGAUGGCUACCCAUUACGGACAGCAGUUCUUCUUCCAGGUUCACAAGAUUCUUGGAUCUGCAGACUUUUUGGGCAAUCCUGUUGGUUUGUUCAACAAUCUUAGUUCUGGAGUCAUGGAUAUAUUCUACGAGCCAUAUCAGGGUUUCAUCAUGAACGAUCGGCCUCAAGAGCUCGGUAUUGGUCUGGCGAAGGGCGGAAUAAGUUUCUUGCGCAAGUCGGUAUUUGGUGUUUCGGACAGCAUCGCCAAGAUAUCUGGUAGUAUCUCGAAGGGUCUCGCGGUUGCUACGCUUGAUAAGCAGUUCCAGGAUCGACGCAGGAUCAGUCGGACGCGUAACAAGCCUCGCCAUGCUCUCUACGGUGUUACAGCCGGAGCGAACUCGUUUGUCGAGGGAUUGGCCAGUGGUGUGUCGGGUCUGGCUCUAGCUCCUAUGCGUGGUGCAUCGGAAGAAGGUGCCUCUGGGUUUUUCAAGGGUCUCGGUCGUGGACUGGUUGGCCUUCCUACGAAGACUGCGAUCGGUCUGUUCGAUAUGGCUAAUAAUGUGAGUGAGGGUAUUCGGAACACAACGACCGUGUUUGACGGGCAAGGAAUCGACCGAGUGCGUCUGCCUAGAUUUAUCGGCCGCGAUAUGACUUGCAAGCCAUACUCGCAGCGCGAGGCGAUCGGACAGGCGUGGCUCAAGCAGCUCAACGAGGGCGAUUAUUUCAAUGAGGAAUAUGUGGCUCAUAUGUCUCUACCCGGCGAGGAGCUUGUCGUGAUUGUGACGUACACGCGUAUACUAUUGAUGCACACGCGACGAAUGACGACGUUGUGGGACGUGCAGUUCGACCAGUUGCAGACGGUGUCGAUGGAGAAAGGUGGUAUUGCGCUUGUGCUGUGGGGUGGAAUCCAAGGCCCGUUUGUGCCAAUCUCAGACGAGAGCGCGCGCCAAUAUCUGUACAACAAGAUCGGGAUGGCGGUAGAGGAUUAUAACCAGUAUAGACAGGCGCUCGUUUAAGGUGGAGGUGUUUUUAUUGUUAAUCAGUUGUUGUGUAUCUAGUAUCUAGAAGCUAGGAAUGUCAUUUUAUCUCAAGUUUUUC